UUCGAAUGUUGUAACAUACGUUCGCUCGUCAACACGUUUCGGCGAAAGAAUAUAUAUUGUGAGCGACCCGUAUUUAUUACAUACAUAAAUUUCAUAUAUAUUUCAUUGUUCAACUCUACACUUUAUUGAACUGCGAAAAAAAAUACGAGUUAAGCACCGACCAGAACCAUUUGUUAUACGUUCUAAAGGGUUUUUCAAUGGCACGUGAUGUGUUUGCGAUAAGUGAUUUAUUGACUCGUGUACUUCAUGGAGUCCGACGAAACGAGAAAGAAACGGAAAACAUUACACACGAACUACGCACUUAAAAUGUGCGAUAACUUCAAGCGGAAUUAUAAACGGAAUUUUAUAGGUGUUGUCGAUGAUUUAAAACCGUUGGAUUUAUCCGUAAGAAGUGCCUUGACACGUCAUGCCAAGUCGAAAAAACCGUAUAAAUUAUUCUGCGAAGUUUGCUCUAAGGGUUUUGAUCGGCCGUCGCUUUUAAAAAGACACAUAAGAACCCACACGGGAGAACGACCUCACGCAUGUACACAGUGCAACAAGGCAUUUUCUACAUCCAGUGCAUUGAAUACACAUAAACGCAUACAUAGCGGAGAACGACCACAUGCAUGUCCAAUAUGUGGUAAGACGUUCACAGCCAGUUCAAAUCUCUAUUACCACAGAAUGACUCACUCCAAAGUUAAGCCACAUAAAUGUAACACAUGUGACAAAUCAUACCCAACACCAGGAAACUUGCGGGCACAUAUGUCAUCACACUCUGGAGAAUGGACGUACUAUUGCAACUCCUGUAAUCGCGGUUUCAGUAAGAAAAUAAACUUAGAACGGCAUGACAAGACAUGCCGCAAACAUGUGAUGAAAACAUUAUCAUCUCUUCAAUAAUUAUCACUUUUUAGCAUUAAUAA